CGGGGUUGGCUCACCUAGCCUUGAGAAGCGCGAGGUGUUCUCUUCCAUGCUCAGCUCCCCGAUCCUUAUGUCUCCGCCUCCGAUGAUGCUCAGUUCUCCGGCUGUUGGCAAAUUCAAGAGCUGACUCUUAGACCUCUUUCGCUGGAAAGUGCAGUCGUACGUGCUAUAUUCGACCGACGUCGUCGUGACAAGCCGGAGCAAGGCCUGGUAACUGCUCCAGGGGCUCAGUAUCUCGUUGCUCGAGGACUACCAGCGGCGCGCUCUCAAGUGCCGUGCGGAUGACGUGUACGGGCACGGAAGCCUGGCGCAGAAACCGACGCGUCUCCGCGUCGAGGUGCACAGGGUGUGAUGGCAACGCUGUGGCUUGCGCACCAGAUGAUCCGAUAUCGCCGCAGAUGUCGGCGGGACGCAGUUGGCCGCAGCUCGAACGACCGCACAGGUACGACACGGUGAUUACGCUCGUGCUCUGGAAGGGCUCAGUUGCGGCGUCUAGGGCAUAUGAGAAGCUCGAUGCACUGCAGAGCACGGGAACGUCGGUGGGGGUGGGACGCCGAACAUCGAUCGGCGGCUAUGGGGUGAGAGGUUUAGGCUGCGUCUCGGGACAACCAGUAUAUUGAAUAUUAGCUCAAUAUCAAGAACACUUUGCGAAUACCGCUACAUAUGAUUCGUUCCGACCCUGCCGGAUCCUUCAGUGAUGCCUUGCGUGUGGCGUCGCGAAUAAAUGCGUCAGUGUGUAUGUCAUUUCCUCUUGGUGUAAUUCAGAAACAUCCACAAGAGCACAUAUCAUCGCAGGUAGGAGCUUAUAUCAUCGAUAGAUCUUGUAGUCAGCGAUUAGUUGAUGUGCCCACAGGCGAUCAUCUUGGCGGCAGAAAGACCAAUCCCGUGGCGCGCACCAUGCAGUUCUUCGGACCACCUGGCCUACAGCCUGCUGGGAGAUGGAUCGCAACUGCAUGUUCACUAACGUGUUCGUUGUUUGCUGUGGCGAACUAAAGCUAGUCAAAGACACUGAACAGGUCUUUUUCCUCAGCUGAU